AUGGUGUCUCUGUAUAAUAUGGACUCCAAUCCCGAGUUAUCUUUCAAUACAUCUCAUUACCCUCAUCACAUGUCAUACCAUCAUGGAAACGUAUAUGAUUCUUCUAUUCAAGCACCAUCAACUGCGCCACCACCAAAUUGGAUGAUGCAUUCUCAUCAUUCUCAUGGACCUUUAAUGAUGUCACAUCAUUUGCAAGCACCGCCAGCCUCAUCACAAUAUUCCAAUGGUAUGACUGGUCCACAUUCGAAUUCUUCCAAAGAUGAACCACCGUCUCCUCUUUCAUCAUCACCUGGAGCUACUCCAACAACGUCAUCAUGCGCUCUGACACCGAAUUCUCUUCCAUCGUCACAAUCAACUAAUGCCAAUACCUCAAAUCAUCAUCACCAACACCAACAUCAUAGUUCUUCGCUGAAGAAAUCGCUUGAUGAUCGUGUUAAACGUCCGAUGAAUGCAUUUAUGGUAUGGUCUCGCGGUCAACGACGUAAAAUGGCUCAAGAAAACCCGAAAAUGCACAAUUCUGCCAUUAGUCGAUGUCUAGGCGCAGAAUGGAAAAGUUUAAACGAAGAAGAUAAACGACCAUUCAUUGAUGAAGCGAAACGUUUGCGUGCAAUUCAUAUGAAAGAGCAUCCUGAUUAUAAAUAUCGGCCGAGACGUAAAACAAAAAAUCUUCAAACAAAUUCUUCGACGACAUCGGGAGUAGCAACAGCAACAGUAUCUCAUAAUAAUUCUUCAUUGAUAAAUAAAAAAGAUAAGAUGCAUCAUCUCAUGCAUCAACAUCAUCAUUCAAACGUAUCGAAUCUUCCACCGCCACCACGAGGCUCAAGUUGGGGCCUCCCAUCGAAUGUCAUCUCUGCAACAUCGUCAUCGCCUUAUUUAACUGAUUGUAAUCCAUCCUAUCCUAUGACAGAUCCGAAUAAUCUUUACACACAUCCAUUUGCACCACCGCCAAUGUAUCAUUAUGGUCCACCUACUAGUACAAGUCCGCAACCGCCUCCGCAUGUUCAAUAUGGCUAUACUAAUAAUCUCAAUGGAAAUCAUCCUUAUUCGUACAUGAAAUCGGAUUCCAUGUCAUCGCAACAACAUUUCUAUACACUUCCGCCGCCACCGCCUCCAUCCGUAGCACCAGGAUCAUUGUCACAUCAAGAAUACUCUUCACCUGAUCCACCAUCGCCUGAACAGCAUAUCUAA